AAAAUAAAAUAAAAUAAAACACCUCAUAGGAAAAAAAAAUUCAUUAAAAAAAUUGCCACUCUUUUGCUCACCCACACGGUCGGUCGUAUUUUCACAAUUGCGACGAAUUUUAAAAUAAGAGAAAUUACAUUUUCGCUGGGGAUAUAUAUUUCUUCGAAGAUUUUUUCCCUCUUUCAUUUUUUUUUUUUACAAAAUUACCGCUAAGUAAGUGUACAUAAUCAAUCGUAUCACAUCAGCAUAUCUACCUUAACUCAAAGAAGGGAAAAAAAACGGCAACAUGGCGAAGUCAAAGAACCACACGAAUCAUAACCAAAAUAGAAAGGCACACAAAAAUGGAAUUAAAAAACCGAAGAAGCACAAGUUUAUGUCUCGCAAGGGGUUGGACCCCAAAUUUUUUAAAAACCAAAGAUACUGCUUAAAGGGAAUCUUAAAAAAGAAGAAGGAAUUGAAAUUGAAACAGAAACAAGAAAAGAAGAACUAAGCUAGGGAAACUUAGGAUAAUAAAAUUUCAGAUUUCUCCCCGAAAUUUUGUUUCCCCUUUUAAAUUUUUACCUUUUCAAAAUUGUGUACCGUUGUGUACAUGUUUUUUUUUUUUUUUUUUCACACCCCGCCUUUUCGAACAGCUACAUGAAAUGGUAUAUAUGUACAUGCAUAAAUUUGCGCCCUGUGUGCAUAUGUGUUUAAGCAUAUUGCAUCGG